UUUGUAGGUCAACCACCAACUCAAGAUGUCUCAGACCCAAAUGGAAAGAGCUUUGGAGGACAUCAUCAACAAAUUCCAUGCAUUUUCUGUACGCGUUGGGCAUUUUGACACCCUCACCCAGAAGGAACUGUCUCAGCUGAUUCACAGGGAGCUUCCCAACUGGUUGAAGGAUCAAAAGAACCCCAAGGCGAUUGAAGAAUUGUUCAAGAAGCUGGACCAAAACAAGGAUAAACAACUCUCCUUUGGAGAAUUCAUGGUCUUCAUCUGCCAAGUGGCCAUUGCUACUCAUGAGCACAUCCACCACGAACACCCCCACGACCACGACCACGACCACAAGCACGGCCACUAAGUGCCUUAAAGAUGGCCAAGAGGUCUGGAGAAGCAACUGAUCUUCUCUGAUGCUCUCCGAAAAGGGCUGCUGAACAGCUUGUGAAAAUAAAGUUAAAGUUCCAAA